AAGGGUGUGGUUAGUGUCCAGAUGGAGCCGUUUUAAUUACCACACAUUUUGACCUAGCAGUCAUAAGGAAGUAUUCAGACACUAAACCAGUAUCUGUAAGGAUAAUUACCUUAAAAAUAAAACCUAAGUUAAAUUAACCUAAAAUAAUUACAUUUGAAUGGAAUAAUCGAGCGAAAUGGACACGUGGAAACUGAGAUUUUGUGGAACUGGCGUACUACUGAUGUCAGUGAUUUCUGCUACAAUUGGAUUACAAGUUAGUAUUCCACAGUCUAUAUAUGAAGUUGCCCGAGGUGAUGAAGUGAUCAUAACGUGCAGUUUUGAGCCUAAAAAUCCGGUGAAUCGACUCAUUGUCAUUUCAUGGAGCGGUGAUGCUGACGGGUCAUUUGAUGAUGAAGGGAUUUUGUUCGGGACCUUCUAUUCCAAUGAUAACCAUGUAGAUAUCAAUGCAAUGUAUGAAGGCAAAGCCAAGAUUGAGAGUGAUGUAAAUGAAAAAGUCUCAAAACUAAUACUGAAGCAAGUCACUUUGCGAGAAAGAAGACGCAUCAAAUGUUUUGUCCAGAUUCCUGGUGAUACAGAGGGCCAAACAUCAGCUUCAACCUCUCUUGAGGUCCUGGUUGCACCAUCAGAUCCUCUCUGUAAGAUUAAAGGCACUGCAGAGUAUGGACAAAAUAUCAGCUUGACCUGUGUCUCUGAAGAGGGCUCCCCAGAUCCAACCUACCAGUGGCAGAGCUAUGAUGUCAAAAACAUCCUAAGAUCACUUCCACCCAAAGCCACUGACAAUAGGCCAAUGAAGACUGAAAAGUCCAUUAGAAAAUGGGGCACCACAGUGACAUUACCAAAAAAGAUAGACAAAAUAGACAAAAGGACAAGAUGAAAAGUUAUCAGGGAGGCUGCCAAGAGACCUAUGGCAAUAUUAAAGGAGCUGCAGGAAUAUCUGGCAAGUACUAGUCACUCCCUGCAUGUAACAACAGUCUCUCAUAUUCUUCACAUAUCUGAGAUAUGGGGUAGGUUGGCUAGAUGGCAGCCCACAAAAUAAAAUCCAAGCCUGCUGAAAUAACCCCAGCCACGUUGUAAAAUGUGUUAUGGUCUGAUGAGACCAAGUUUGAACUUUUUUAUGCAUAAUUCUAAAAGAUAUAUUUGACACGAAAACAAGACAGUUUAUCACCCAAAGAACACCAUGCACAUGAAGAAGAAAAUGGCUUUUCUUCAGCUGGGACUGGGGCUCUACUCAAGAUAGAGGGAAUAAUAGAUAGCUCCAACUAACAAUCUAUUUCACCACAAAACCUGCAGGGCCUCAGAAAGACAGCUAAAAAUGAAGAAAAAUGUUACCUUCCAGCAUGAUAACAACCCAAAGCACAAAUCCAAGUCAGCGAAGGAACGGUUUUAGAAGAAGAAGAUGAAUGAUUUGGGAUGGCCCAGUCAGAUCCUAGGUCUAAAUCCUAUAAAACAAAAUUUUUAAAUAAGUAAAACUGUGGAACGACUUGAAGAGAGUUAUACACAGGAAAUCCUCUUGCUGAUUGAUAGAUCUGGAGUAUUUUUGUAAGGAAGAGUGGAAUAAAAUUGCCAAGUGAAGAUGUGCUCAAUAGACUCUUACCCCAAAACACUGAGUACUGUAUUACAAGCAAACGGUGCAUUAACAAAUGGCAGAAAGUAUGUGGACACCUGACCAUCACACCCAUAUGUGGGUUUUGAAAAUCCCAUUCUAGAUUUAGUCCUUUUUUACUGUUAGAAUAACAGCAUAGCCUUCACUCCUCCAGUCUAAUAACCUCCACUCUUCCGGGAAGGCUUUCCACUAGAUUCUGGAGUGCGGCUGUUUAGAUCUGACAUGAUUUAUCUUGGUUUAAUUCUUCUUUUUUUUUUUUUUUACAUCAG